GCCAAGUUUGCCGCCAUUCACAACAACAACUCUUGCAGCUGAAGAUUAUCUCCUGUUUACUGUACAAAUAUGUGGAAUAAUACCGGAAGUAAUUUUGAGGGAGGGUUUGGUGGUGGCAACAACGAUGGUGGCUUCCUUAGCUCACAGGACCAGUUUGCAUCACCGGCUGGACAGAGUAAGGCACGAAGGGGUGUGACAGUGGUCCCCUUAACCCUGCGAGCAGUAAAGAAACUACCAGAAGACAACCCAGAGAUGUUUGGUAUACAGAUAGAAAAGAUAAGUGUAGUGGGUCUGAUACGUGAUGUAGAAGUAUCAAGUGUCAGUAGAACCUACACCAUCGAUGACACUACAGCAGUUAUGAAUGUGAUACAGUGGGAAGAUCUUGGCAUGUGUGACCCAUUGAUGGAGAUGACUUAUUGCCAACUGGUUGGGACUCUACGCACCCAGCAGGGAAAACGUAAUUUAAUAGUACUGUCCAUAAGGCCCCUCACAGAUAUCAACUACAUCACCAAACACAUUCUAGAAGUGAUACAUUUUCCACUCAUGAUCAAACAGGUUGAGACCCUGAAUGAUGCAAAUGCAAGGAAAAACGCAGAGUCCAACAGUAAGGGGAUAAUGUCAAACUCCUUGGUCGGAGCUUCUGGUUUGGGUGGAGUGUCUGGAGGAAGUUUCUCUGGCUUACAAGGACUUACUGGACAACAAAACAUGGUGUUACAGUUUAUCAGUAAUAGUCAGGAUGAAGCAGGACCUUCUAGAAGUGAUAUUUACACUCUUCUUAAGGGAAAAAUUGGUAAUCAACAAGUUGAUAAAAUGCUGGAUUUCCUGAGCAAUGAGGGCCACAUCUACACAACCAUUGAUGAUGACCACUUCAAGUCAACUGAAGGCUAAAUCCAGAUACAAUAUUAUUUUGCUGUCUUGUGGUCCUCUGGAAUGAUGAGUCUGGUUUAUAUUGCAGAUAUUUCCAUAUAUUAAGUACUGUAUCUGCUAAAAAAGGUCCUAAAUGUAUUUUUGUUAUAAAGAAAGGGCAUCCUU